AACUUGCUGGAAGAUUGGCGGAUGUGUAUGUACAAUAACGCACAGUAGUCGCAUACAGUUACAUGUUACGUGCGCAUCGAUAGCACGAUAGCCAAAUUCUGUCGAUAUAUUAGAUUUUUUCAGAAUGUCAGACUGGGAUACCGCUCCUAUUACUCUGCGGAAACGUCCCCCGAAGGCUUCCGUACUUAAAUCGGAACAGGCGGUGAAUGCAGCACGUCGUCAAGGUUUUGUAAUUGAAACACAAGCAAAAUGGGGUGGAGGAGCAAAUAGACAACAUGUAACCACUAAAAAUACUGCUAAGUUAGACAGAGAGACCGAGGAACUUAAGCAUGAUAAAGUACCGCUUGACCUUGGUAAAUUAAUUCAACAAGGACGACAAAAUAAAGGGUUGUCCCAGAAGGAUCUUGCAACGAAAGUGAACGAAAAGGCGCAGGUUAUCAAUGAUUACGAAGCAGGCCGCGGAAUUCCAAACCAAAUGGUAAUUGGUAAAAUCGAACGAGUGUUGGGAAUAAAAUUGCGCGGAAAAGACCGUGGUAAACAGUUAACGACCCCCGGGACGAAAAAGUGAAUCUCGGGGGAAAAAAUCUCAAACUUUCUACCCUCACAUAUUGUUCCCAAAACAGAACUGCAACAACAAAAAUUGUAGAAUUGACAGUAACUACUACUCCUGCCCUGUUCAGCUUUGGUUAUUUUAUAAUAUACUUUAAAUAAAAUAUUAUUUUAUUAAAUA